AAAUUCAUUGAUUAAUUCUUUAAAACUCUGCCAUUUGAGCAUUUAUUAGUUAGUCUUUCAAUUGUGCCCUUUCAAUUUGAAUCAGACUGAAUAAUAUCGCUGGAAUUAUGAACUAUUGUCCUUAUUGGUUCAACUCUUAAUAUGUCAGGUUUAUUGCAUGAUAAUGUGAUUUCUGUUAAUCAAUUUAUUGUUAAGUUAAUUGGGAUAACAAUUAUUUACUAUUUGUUCACAAAAAUUGUUUAUUUUUUUAAAUGGUUUAAUCGUUUUCAUCGUUUUCCUUCUGAACCAAGUUCCUUUCUAUUUGGCCAUGCGCUCAAAUUUAUACCUUCAAAAGCGUCUACUUUUAUUGAGAAACUUACACAAUUCAUUGAACGCAAUGUAAAAGCUAAUCGAGAUAAAUCGGGUUUAUUUGCCAUCUGGAUCACCUGGAAACCAAUGAUUUGUUGCUGUAGUCACCAGGCAAUCGAGGCUGUGAUGUCAAAGACCAACAUUACUAAACCCAGUUUUUACAAAUUUUUUGGCCUAAAAGAUGGUUUAGUUACUUCGAAUCCCACCAAAUGGAAACUGCGCCGUAAAAUGGUUGAGCCAUUCUUUGUCAGCAAACAACAAAAACUUUUCAUCAAUACAAUGAACCAUGUAUUUGAUAAACUGGUUAACCAAACUUUAGUGGAACUAUCGAUUCGGGGUCAGCCGGUUAACCUUCAUAGUUAUAUUCAUCAAUCAAUGCUUGACAUUAUUAUUAAUGCGACUUUGCAUAUUCCAAUGGAAAGUCGCAAAAGUGAAAAGAAACAUAUAAUUGAUACUAUUGAUUUGAUAGAAAAGGCUGCAUAUGGUCGCAUUUUCAACCCCGUCUUGUGGUUUAAUUCAAUCUUCAGUUCAACUAAACUGGGUAAAAAGUUCAUUAAAGACACAAAUAUCUUUUACGACUUUUUAACCACUCAAAUCAACUCUAAAUUAGACAACAAUUCAAACGUAAUUGAAAGUAGAUCACAAGAAUCAUUGCCAUGUGAUCUAGUCUCAUUACUGAUGCAAACAAGUGGAGGUGAUAUUGAUAUAAAUGGAAUUAACGAAGAAUUGGUAACCAUUAUCUGUGCUGGUCACGAAACAACAUCAGUUUCUUUGAAUUGGACUCUGUUUGUAUUAGGUAACUGUCAAGAUGUGCAGGAAAAACUGUAUCGUGAAAUAUCAAGCGUAUUUCAUGAGAGUGGCCAAAUGAAUGAUUUGGAAAAGAUCAACCAAUGCCAUUACCUCGAUAUGUGUUUGAGGGAAUCACUGAGACUUUAUCCCCCAAUCGCAUAUGUUUUCCGUGAUCUCGAUGAAGAUGCGUCUAUUAACAAAGACUAUACCAUACCCAAAGGAACCACUGUUUUAAUUAACAUUUUAUCAGCUCAUCGUGAUCCACAAGUUUACCCAAAUCCUGAUGAUUACAUUCCAGAAAGAUUCGAUAAUACAAAUAAAAACAAUAUACCGAAAGGAUCUUUCUUGCCAUUUGGUUUUAGUCCAAGAAACUGCGUUGGAUACCGAUUUGCGUUAAUCGAGAUGAAGAUUUUCAUCAUUCACAUUUUGCGACGAUUCAGAGUUGAAUCAACUAAAAAACUCGAUGAUGUUCAGUAUAUUGUUGAAUUUGCGCUUAAACCUACAAGACCAUUAGACUUUAUUUUGCACGAAAGAUCAACCCAGUAGAAUUACUGAGACUAAAAGUUAUCCUUGAUUAUCAUUUAAUUACGUGCCAUGCUCUUCCCCGUUUUGAAAAUGUAUAUUUUUCAUCAAAUAUUUUUAUUAAUAAAUGUCAUUUUUUCCUUAUUUUGAUUUCUGAUUAGAUGCUUAAAUAGCAAAAUCUGUUAAUGAAAUUGGAGAAGUAAUCUUUAUACUGGUUAUAAUUGCAUUCAUUCUAUCCUGGUUAAAAUGGCUCUUGUACACUUAUUUGUAAAAUGCUUGCAUGAUGUUCAAAUAAUAAAUGAUUGUAUUGAA